CAACGACACGGCAACAUUUUCGCUUCUCGCCGACGACACUCGAUCGCCAGCCUAUUUAGCCCUCACAUCGCUCCUGGGCUGCCUAGACACCUAUACGGCCUCUCUGCGCAUUCUCACACGCCCACCAUCCCAGGCCAUUAGCGCAUUCCCCGCCCCAACUCAGUCCUCACCUCUUAAAGAAAAAAAGUGCCAUCACCAUGGCGGACAACUGGGAGCAAGAGGAGGAGCGCCUCUCGCAGCAGGCGCAGGGCAUGAAUCUCAACAAUGCGCCCACCUUCACCCCCGGAGCGCAGUCGUUCCAGCCCGGCGCGAGCUCCUUCGUGCCUGGCCAGGCCUAUGGAGGCUACCAGGGCGGCUACAAUCAGUACGGUCAGCAAUAUGGAGGAUACAACCAGUACGCAAACCAGGGUCAGUACUACCAGCAGCAACAAGGAUACCCUCAAUAUGGCCAACAAUAUGGCCAGCAGCAGGGCUAUCCCAACUAUGGCCAGUACCAGGGCCAGCAGAACUUCCAGCCCCAGCAGCAGCAGCAGCAACAAAGCCAAGGCCAGGCUCCUGUGCGGAUAGCGAAGCGGGGAGACACAGACGUUGCCGGCUCAGCGGGCGCCGCCCCCGCUGCUGAAGCCAAAAAGGAGGCGCCCAAGGCCAAGGUCCUGUCCAUUGGCGGCGACAGUGCACCCAAGGCCAAGGUUCUCUCGAUCGGUGGCGACACUACUACUCCAAAGGUUGAAAAGGCAGGCGGAACCAAAGUCCUUAGCCUCGGAACACCAGGGGCACCAUCCGCUGCCAAGGAAAAGGCCGACAAGGAGAAGGGAACCAUUGAUGCUGGAACCAAGGUGACUGCUGCAAAGGCCAUUGAAAAGACUGGAGAACCGACCCCAGCUUCAGCAGGCUCUGGCCGUACUUCACCAACCCCCUCGUCAGGUCGCAACAGCCCAACUCCCAAAGAGAAGGCCCCUGAAAGGCCCAUGGCCAAGCAACCAGACAUUGAGAACGAAAUUGCCGACAUUGACGAGGCGACUCUCGCCGAAAUCUAUGGCAAGGAACAUGUCAACAUCAUCUUCUUGGGUCACGUUGACGCAGGAAAGUCUACCUUGGGUGGCAGUAUCCUCAUUUCCACUGGCAUGGUUGAUGAGCGAACCCUUGACAAGUACAAGAAGGAGGCAAAGGAUGCUGGUCGAGAAACAUGGUACAUUUCAUGGGCACUCGAUUUGAACAAGGAGGAGCGUGCGCAGGGUAAGACUAUCGAGGUCGGUCGAGGUUUCUUCGAGACGGAGAAGCGACGAUACUCGAUUCUCGAUGCCCCAGGCCACAAGACCUACGUUCCCAACAUGAUCAGUGGUGCUUCACAGGCAGACGUCGGUAUUCUUGUCAUCUCUGCUCGAAAGGGAGAGUACGAGACUGGAUUCGAAAAGGGUGGGCAAACCCGAGAGCACGCCAUGUUGGCCAAGACGCAGGGUGUGAACAAGAUUCUCAUCGUCGUAAACAAGAUGGACGAUCCUACUGUCGAAUGGUCAGAGGACCGAUUCAAGGAAUGCACAACCAAGGUUGUAGCCUUUUUGAAGGGUCUCGGAUACAACCCCAAGACUGACAUUAGCAUGAUGCCUGUCAGCGCUCAAACUUUCACUGGAAUCAAGACCCGUGUCCCCAAGGAUCUUGCACCCUGGUACGAUGGACCAUCUCUUCUUGAGUACCUAGAUAACAUGCAGGCCCUUGAGCGCAAGCUCAAUGCUCCCUUCAUGAUGCCCAUCGCGGCAAAGUAUAAGGAUAUGGGCACCAUGAUCGAAGGCAAGAUCGAAUCUGGUAUCAUCAAGAAGGAGAACAAAUACCUCAUGAUGCCCAACCGACAAACCAUUCACAUCUCCGCCCUGUUCGGUGAGCAGGAAGACGAAAUUCCUGGCGCGGCUUGCGGCGACCAAAUUCGUGUGCGAAUCCGAGGUGUGGAAGAAGAAGAUAUCUUGCCCGGUUACGUGCUGUGCUCGCCUAAGCGACCCGUUCACUGCGUUUCCCAGUUUGAGGCUCAAGUCGUACUUUUGGACAUCAAGUCUAUCGUGACUGCUGGUUUCAACUGCGUUCUUCACGUCCACGCAGCACAAGAAGAAGUCACCAUUAGCGCACUACUGCACAAGCUUGAGAAGGGUACCGGAAGACGAUCAAAGAAAGCACCUGGAUUUGCGACAAAGGGCAUGAGCAUCAUUGCACGAUUGCAGAUUACCGGUACGGCCGGAAGCAUUUGUGUUGAACGUUUCGAAGACUAUCCUCAGCUUGGUCGUUUCACUCUCCGUGACCAGGGUCAAACGAUUGCCAUCGGAAAGAUCACCAAGCUCAUCACAGAUCCCGAAGCUUAAGUUAUUCGACAGUGUCAUAUAGAGGAAGAAGGGACGGCAAGGUUGUGAUAUGGGCGACGGGACUACUCUUGGUUCUGGUAACCAGCUGGAUGGCGUUAUGGAUGCGAGGAAAAGAUAAACCUAUCAUCUAAAAGAAUAUGAUUAAGCGUAUUUUUCGACUGCUUCCUGCUAUAAUUGCACAUUGAAGCCCUCAUCUUGGAAAUGACGCAUGCGAACUCAGGUUGGGCAUAUCUGGCCGUUUCGGCCCUAUUCAUGUCACAGAAAGAGACAAGCCUUUUAGUGCUACAAUCUACGAG